CGCCGUGCGCUUUGUGGCGCUGCCGGAAGCGGGCGCGGGCCGAGCGCAGCGAGCGGCGCUCCUGGUCCCGCUGCCGGAGCCGAGCGGCCGCGGCCCCGGCGGCCUGAGGGAGCGGCCCGGCCCGACAUGCCUGCCGGGCCCUCGGCGCAGGUGUUGUUUGGAUUGUAGCAUAGAGGCACUAUGUACUCAGAGUGGAGAUCCUUGCAUCUUGUCAUUCAAAAUGAUCAGGGGAAUACCAGUGUACUUCACAGCUAUCCUGAGAACGUGGGGAGAGAAGUGGCAAAUGCAGUGGUGCGUCCGCUUGGACAAGCUUUAAUUACAUCAUCUGUUGGAAGUGAGAGUUUACUAAAAACAGACAAAGAAGUAAAAUGGACUAUGGAGGUGGUUUGUUAUGGACUGACUCUCCCUCUGGACGGCGAUACUGUGAAAUACUGUGUGGAUGUAUAUACAGAUUGGAUUAUGGCUCUUGUGUUACCUAAGGACUCCAUUCCUUUACCUGUUAUUAAGGAACCAAACCUUUAUGUUCAAAGCAUUCUCAAACAUCUCCAAAAUCUCUUUGUACCGAGGCCAGACCCAGGAUCCAGUCAGAUCAGACUGUGCUUGCAGGUUUUGAAAGCUGUCCAGAAACUGGCUCAUGAAUCGACAAUUAUGGCAAGAGAAACCUGGGAGGUUUUGUUGUUAUUUCUUCUUCAGAUCAAUGACACUCUUCUAGCAGCUCCAACUGUGCAAGGUGGCAUUGCUGAGAACCUGGCUGAGAAGUUAAUUGGCGUGCUGUUUGAGGUGUGGUUACUCGCCUGUACGCGGUGCUUUCCAACACCCCCGUACUGGAAAACUGCCAAAGAGAUGGUGGCCAACUGGCGACAUCACCCUGCAGUAGUUGAGCAGUGGAGCAAGGUCAUCUGUGCCCUUACGUCCAGGUUGCUGCGUUUUACGUACGGACCUUCUUUUCCUCCGUUCAAAAUCCCCGAUGAAGACGCUGGUCUGAUUCCUCUUGAAAUGGAUAAUGAGUGCGUUGCACAAACUUGGUUUCGCUUUUUACAUAUGCUGAGUAAUCCUGUGGAUUUGAGUAACCCAGCCAUUAUUAGCUCUACCCCCAAAUUUCAGGAGCAGUUUCUGAAUGUGAGUGGGAUGACUCAAGAACUGAAUCAGUACCCCUGCCUUAAACAUCUGCCUCAAAUAUUCUUUCGUGCCAUGCGUGGGAUCAGCUGUUUAGUGGAUGCAUUCCUAGGCAUUUCCCGGCCGCGGUCGGACAGCGCGCCGCCCACGCCCGUGAACAGGCUGAGCAUGCCCCAGAACACCGCCACCAACACCACCCCGCCGCACAACCGCCGGCACCGCGCCGUGACUGUGAACAAAGCCACCAUGAAAACCAGCACUGUAACUACCGCACAUACUUCAAAAGUGCAGCACCAACCCUCCUCUACUUCUCCACUCUCCAGCCCAAACCAGACAAGCUCUGAGCCACGGCCACUACCAGCUCCUCGCAGGCCAAAGGUUAACAGCAUCUUGAACCUCUUUGGAUCGUGGUUAUUUGAUGCAGCGUUUGUUCACUGUAAACUUCAUAAUGGAAUAAACAGAGACAGCAGCAUGACUGCAUCUUUUAUCCAAAUUCUUCUUUCUUAUAAAUCUUCUAUAGCGACCCAAGCUAGUGUGGAGUUCCGCCGGAAAGGAUCCCAAAUGUCCACAGACACUAUGGCUUCCAACCCCAUGUUUGAUGCGAGUGAAUUCCCAGACAACUAUGAAGCAGGAAGGGCAGAGGCGUGCGGGACACUGUGUAGGAUAUUUUGUAGCAAGAAGACUGGGGAGGAAAUAUUACCAGCUUACCUAUCCCGAUUUUACAUGCUUUUAAUUCAGGGUUUGCAGAUAGCAGAUUUCGUUUGCCACCCCGUUCUUGCCAGUGUUAUUCUAAACUCCCCUCCUCUGUUCUGCUGUGACCUGAAAGGAAUCGAUGUCGUGGUUCCCUACUUCAUUUCGGCUCUUGAAACUAUUUUACCUGACAGAGAACUCUCAAAGUUUAAAAUCUAUGUAAACCCCACAGAGCUAAGAAGAGCUUCUAUUAAUAUCUUGCUGUCUCUGUUGCCUCUUCCUCAUCAUUUUGGAACAAUAAAGUCUGAGGUUGUCCUGGAAGGGAAAUUCAGCAAUGAUGACAGCUCAACAUAUGAUAAACCAGUAACAUUCCUGUCCUUGAAGCUGAGGCUUGUGAAUAUACUUAUAGGAGCUUUGCAAACAGAAACAGAUCCCAACAACACUCAAAUGAUACUAGGUGCAAUGUUAAAUAUUGUUCAGGAUUCAGCACUGUUAGAAGCCAUUGGCUGUCAGAUGGAAACGAACGGUGGUGAAAACAACCUGUUCAAAAGCCACAGUCGCACCAACAGUGGCAUCAGCACCGCGAGUGGUGGCAGCACAGAGCCCACGACGCCCGACAGCGAGCGGCCAGCACAGGCCCUGCUGAGGGACUAUGCUCUUCAUACAGAUACAGCUGCUGGACUGCUGAUACGCAGCAUCCACCUGGUAACCCAAAGGCUCAACUCCCAGUGGAGGCAGGACAUGAGUAUCUCUCUGGCUGCCCUGGAGCUGCUCUCUGGACUGGCAAAGGUGAAGGUGGUGGUGGACCCCUGCGAUCGGAAGCGGGCGAUCAGCUCCGUGUGCAGCUACAUCGUGUACCAGUGCAGCCGCCCCGCCCCGCUGCACUCCCGGGACCUGCACUCCAUGAUCGUGGCAGCGUUCCAGUGCCUCUGCGUGUGGCUCACGGAGCACCCCGACAUGCUGGAUGAGAAGGAUUGUUUGAAAGAGGUACUGGAGAUUGUGGAGCUGGGCAUUUCAGGGAGUAAAUCCAAAAACAGUGAACAGGAGGUCAAGUACAAAGGAGAUAAGGAGCCAAACCCCGCAUCCAUGAGAGUAAAGGAUGCUGCUGAAGCUACACUAACGUGCAUUAUGCAGUUACUUGGAGCCUUUCCUUCUCCCAGUGGUCCUGCUUCUCCGUGCAGCUUGGUGAAUGAAGCCACGUUGAUUAAAUAUUCCCGUCUCCCUACCAUCAACAAGCACAGCUUCCGUUACUUCGUUUUGGAUAACAGUGUCAUCCUGGCCAUGUUGGAGCAGCCUCUAGGGAAUGAACAGAAUGACUCUUUCCCCUCUGUCACGGUUUUGAUCCGUGGGACAUCUGGAAGAUUUGCAUGGGCCCAGCAACUCUGUCUUUUACCAAGAGGAGCUAAAGCAAAUCAAAAGACAUUUGUACCAGAACCUCGACCAGCUCCUAAAAAUGAUGUUGGAUUGAAAUACAGUGUGAAACACCGCCCUUUUCCUGAAGAAGUGGACAAGAUUCCAUUUGUGAAAGCUGACUUGAGUAUUCCUGAUUUACAUGAAAUUGUGAAUGAGGAACUCGAAGAGCGACAUGAAAAGCUGAGGAAUGGCAUGGCCCAGCAGAUUGUCUUUGAGACUUCCAUAGAUCAGAAAAGCGAGGAGGAGUGGCGGAAGAAGAGCUUUCCUGAUCCGAUCACGGAGUGCAAGCCCCCGCCGCCGGCACAGGAGUUCCAGACCGCGCGCCUCUUCCUCUCUCACUUUGGGUUCCUCUCACUAGAGGCAUUGAAGGAACCUGCUAACAGUCGUCUACCUCCUCACCUGAUUGCACUUGACUCUGCUCUUCCUGGGUUUUUUGAUGACCUUGGCUACUUGGAUUUACUACCUUGUCGUCCUUUUGAUACUGUUUUCAUUUUCUACAUGAAGGCAGGCCAGAAGACGAGCCAGGAGAUCCUGAAGAACAUGGAGUCUUCCAGAAUUGUUCAGCCCCACUUCCUGGAGUUCUUAUUGUCUCUUGGCUGGUCUGUUGACGUCGGGAAGCACCCUGGGUGGACUGGUCAUGUCUCAACAAGCUGGUCAAUCAACAGCUGCAACAGUGAUGAAGAGGGACCUGAACAAGAUGAUCUAAUUAUCUCAGAAGAUGUUGGGGCAAGUAUCUUCAAUGGGCAGAAGAAGGUGCUGUACUAUGCAGAUGCUCUGACAGAAAUCGCCUUUGUUGUCCCGUCACCAGUGGAGUCCCUGACUGACUCACUGGAAAGCAGUGUCUCUGACCAAGAAAGUGACUCCAACAUGGAUCUGCUGCCAGGAAUAUUGAAGCAGCAGCCUCUGACACUUGAACUCUUCCCCAACCAUACAGACAAUCUUAAUCCCUCCCAGCGGCUCAGUCCUACUUCCAGAUCCAAGAGGAUGCCUCAGGGCCGGACCAUUCCUCCGAUGGGACCUGAAACCAAAGUGUAUGUGGUCUGGGUGGAACGUUACGAUGAUAUCGAAAACUUCCCCCUCCCUGAUCUGGUGUCUGAGACAAGCACUGGUGUGGAAACCACAACCAAUAGUAGCACUUCCCUGAGAUCUACCACUCCUGAGAAGGAAGUUCCUGUGAUCUUCAUCCAUCCUUUAAACACUGGCUUAUUCAGGAUAAAACUACAAGGAGCAACUGGGAAAUUCAACAUGGUUAUCCCACUGGUGGAUGGAAUGAUAGUCAGCAGGAGAGCUCUUGGUUUCUUAGUGAGGCAGACAGUAAUAAAUAUUUGUCGGAGAAAGAGGCUGGAAAGUGAUUCCUACAACCCCCCCCAUGUCCGCCGAAAACAGAAAAUAGCAGAUAUUGUCAAUAAAUACCGGAACAGGCAGCUGGAGCCGGAGUUUUAUACCUCACUUUUCCAGGAGGUUGGGCUCAAAAACUGCAACCCCUAGGUCACUAUCCUUCCAGGACAAUUAGAUCAGAGCUUGGUGGCUACACUAAUGAAAACAGUUAAAUAACAACAACAAAUUUCCUCAGCCCUCUGGAAUUCAGGAAAUCAUGUUCUAGCACAAGUCAGCAGAUACCAUGUGGGAGGAAUGAGAAAUGAAUCCAAAACAUUGCAGUUGGGAUAUUGACUUAAUUCACCUACCCUCAAAAGAUUACUGAAUUCCAGUCUUCCUGGAUGCUAGCAACAUAAUCUCUUCACCUAGUCAUCCGUUCCAGACUAAUUAGGAACUGUAUGUGUCUCACUCUGAGGGGAAAACAAUCAAAGUAAAGCCAUCUCUGCAUAUGAGGAUGGAAAACAGAAUACAAACAAACCCGCUAUCAAACACCUCGCUGCACCCACAUGUCCAAGGGGAAGGGAGCAGGAUCUCUCCUUGGGGGAGAAAUCUGUUUCAGAGCAUUAACUAUCCCUGCAAGAACUUCGAAGACAUGUUCAGUCCCCCUUCAGCGCUCAACAGAAGAUCCUUCACUGCUUGUAAUCCAUUUGUGUACCAAAAGCAAGAAGAGGAAGAUUGCUUGGAAACACCAGGCCCUGAAAUCCAAAGCCCAGAUGCUGUGUGUGGCCAUUCCCUCCAGGGCUGGGAGUGAGUCCAUCUGCAUGAGAUUUGUCCUGCUGACAACAACCACCACUUGAAAUUAACUGACUUUCCAACAGGAUUUGUUACUGGAUAGAAGCUUUUGGUUAUAUAAAAGCAAGGUUAUGACUUUCAGGUCUGUUGCAAAAUGUCACAUUUAAUUUCAGUAGCUUGAUUUUUAUUUUUUUAAAUUUUUUUUUUAUGCAACUACUUAAUUUAUUUUGAAGUGUCUGUAUCACCUACUCACCAUUUCCAUAAAAAGUAUAAACAUCACUUGCCUUCCUUCCAUUGGAUUGAAAUCUGAGAUUCCAGGGCUGCCUCCUCCUUGUUAUUUAUAGCAUGAGCAGUUUUCGCAGCUUCUACAACACUUUUCAGAAGCUCCUGUUAAACAGACUAAAACAACUUGAAAAGAAAAUUCAAGAGUUCUUCUUUUUCCCCAUUAGCUGCAAUUCCAUGAAAGCACCUUUGGAGUUAUAACUUCAGAUUGUUUUAAGUCUCCUGUACGGUCUCACACUUGGCAGCAGUGCUUCCCUUCCACCUAGGUCAGGAGUUUUUGUUUUCAGCCUGUGGAUUUGACGUGUUCAGGACUCGAAGGAUGUGCUGGGAAAAGGUGUUUACAGCUGUGGGUGUGACACUGGGGAUCUCAGAGGUGCCGUGGGUGCUGGCAGCCUUGGGAGCACCCUCUAUCUCCUGGCACAUCCCAGCUGGUGUUGCAGCAAUGGAUCAUGGCUGGCACUCCUGGGGAGGUGCAGCCUCUGGUCACUGGCAGCAGCAAAGGUCCUUACCCUUCCAGCACCAGGUAAUGGAAGAGGAUGACUGUGAGCAGGAAUUUGGGGAGCUCCUCACGUUAUUUCGAAAGUGGUUUUUAUUAGCCAUGCUGUGCAUUGCAGUGAUACCUGUCAGGCACUGAAUUUUGAUAUUUCAGAGUUACUUUUUGCAACAGUUCUGACCUGAAGCAGUCUUAUUUGUUUCAUUAGCUGCCAAGGACAGACCUUGCUCCCAGCUUUCCAUGUGGUUUUUCACAAAGAGAUCAUGGAAACACAGGCCCCUAAAAAUACAUGUGAAAGGACUUUCAGGUUAUCAACCAAGCAGAUUUUAGGCAACGUGUGCUUGUUGAAAGGGACAAGUGCACUGACUUCUUAACUCAGGAGCUCUGUAAUUUGAUCCAGAUGAAUCAAUAGUGAAAAAAUGAAGCCACCCGAAGAAAACUCCUGCAGCAGGAAGCACGCUCCGUGCUGCCCACGUGGCACAUGGCAGGAGGAGCCCUAAGGCAGCAUUUGGGUGCAUUGGCCAAGAUGUGCAGGGAACCUUGGACAGCCUCAUUCCUCUGCCAAACUCCUGCCAGCAGCAAUUUAAUGCACGGACACUAAAUUUACCCACACUGUGUAUGUACCUAUUGGAUCCAGUUAAUGGCCAAACACACUUUAGUCCGCUGGUUUAAGAGGCAUAAGCGAUGCAUGUGUAACCAAUAAACAUCCUGAGCAACCCCAUGUCUGCACAUCAGUAGCAUACCAGCAACCCCCAUCCUGCAGCAGUGUUACACAGGCUGGGUGCAGCACUGAGCUGCACCACGAGCUGCUGUCAGGCUGCACCCAGGAACGCAGGGAUGGGCAUCUGGGGAAACCCUCCAUGGGUUCUGGCAAGGCCAAGAUGGUCAGCUGGAUUGCCUGAAGAUUUACUUUUUAAAAAAGGCCUGUGCUUGGCUGGAGGGUCGUCUUCAGUCUGUUUCCAUGUUCAUCUGAGGCAUGGGGUUGGCACCCAUGGGAGCAGGAACAGCCAUGAGAGCAAUGGGACUUGGCAGAGCUCUGGAAAGAAGGGAACUUGGGCACGUUUUGGCUGCUCCAGUGCUGGGGGAUGGGCGUUUAGACCCUGUGUCAGAUGAGCUGUAGAACCAGCUGGUGAGCAGGUCACGAGCUGGCAGGGGGCAUGGCUGUAGGUGGUGGAUUCACUCUCUGGAAAGGUGAGCCUUCAGGACGGGCCCAGUGCAGUAUAAAAACAUUGUGAUGCAGAAAUGCGCUGCCUUUCCCCAGGGUUUGGAUGCUGGUGGCAGCAGUGGGCACCCUGGGUAGAGCUGUGCCACUGGAGGGUGCCUGCAGGGACUGUCCCUCCUUCUCCUGUGCGUGUGUAGCUCUCAGGCUUCAUAACAAAAUGCAUACCACCAAUUUGGGAAUUAUAUCCAGCUCCUGUUGAAGUCUGGCCAAACUAAUGGCUUCAGGUAGUCCAGAGUACAGCCUUGAGAGUUUUUCCCUUAAAGUGUCAGAGCAAAUGGUGUUUAUUUCCAUGGCAUUUGCAAGAGUUAGACAAGAAUCCAGAGGGAUUUUUUACAUCACAAACUGCUGCCGGGGGGUUUGAUUUGAUGCUUGAGUGGUCUGGGUCAGUGUCCCUGUCCAGCAGAGGUGACAAGCACUGACCCCCUCACUGACCUGCAUGUAGGUGGCACUGAGCUGCAAGUGUUCCACAAGAACUAAACUGAGACUCUCUCUUUUCAUCAAACCUUUCAGUUUGGGGUCAUAAUUCUGUUUUAACAGAGCAGAAAGGGUGACCACCAUCACCUUGUUACAGAGUGUUGGAAUUAUAGAAAUUUUAGUACCUUUAAUAGAGAUUCUUUUAAAGAAAAGCAUUUCUUUUAAAGCUAAUUUUAAAAAGGCAUUAGAACCUUACAGCAGGCAGGAGAAGGGGAGGACAGUGCCUGUAGAAAUUCGGGUGUCUGUGGGUAGCAGUGUGUGCAAGGCCAUAGGGAGGAGCAGCCUUGGCUGCCCCUGGGCUGUGUGUGCUGGGUUCUCCAUAGGUCACAGUGUUUCCUUCCAUGGCGUUCUGAAUGCCCAGGAAGAGGAGAGAACUAAAUUUCAGCCUCACAGACAAAUUUUAUGCUAUUUCAUGAUUGUGUGAUUGAGUGAUGUCUCUGAAGGCAAACACAGCCCUUUUCCCCAUGGGUUUAGCAGGAGCAAUUAGAAGUGAGGAUGCCAGAUAUCAUGUGCUUCAAUCAUAGACAAUUUAUAUGAAUACCUGUAUGUUGCCAAGACAUGAACUUUUUGUUCUUAUUGUAUUUUUCUGUAAAUAUUCCUGGCGCUAAGUUGUAAAGUAAAGGCAAAAUGUAAAUAUGAAGAUGUGAACUAUGUUCCCUUGUCUCUAGUACUUUAUCUCUUAUUUGUUUAGGGAAGGCACACAAAGGCUUGUUUGUAUUUAUGCCAAUUCUUUGUCCAGGAGAAACACAUCAAAUAUUGAAUGUAACACAAUUAGUCCAAUAAAUUUUAAAGAUUCUUAUCUAGUAA